GCUUGAGCGCACACCAGAUAAGUGCCAAGUUCACCAUCGCACGUAGCAAUUUGGCAGCUGCCAACUGUUGAACACCCAUUGGUGAUCAAGGUUAGGAAAAACCACGAACUCUGCAGGAGGAUCAAGGAUCAAAUCUUGAAGUGAUGAUAGUUGGAUCUCAAUGGUAGAAUGGAUGGGAGACUGAAUGACAGACGGGCGGAGAUAUACACCUACGACUCUGAGAACAUCGUAUAUGGCUUGAGCUGGAGUAACCGCCGUGACAAGAAGUUUCGCCUGGCAGUGGGCAGCUUCAUCGAGGAGUACGACAACUACGUCGAAAUCAUCACACUCGAUGACGCGACAUGCAAGUUCACGUCGGACGCGCAGCUGGCGUUCCAGCACCCGUACCCACCCACAAAGAUCAUGUUCAUGCCGGACAAGGAGGGGGCGCAGCCGGACCUGCUGGCAACCACUGGCGACUACCUGCGCAUCUGGCAGCUGAAGGAGGACGGCACGCAGCUGGUCAAGCUUCUCAACAAUAACAAGAACAGCGAGUUCUGCGCACCGCUCACCUCCUUCGACUGGAACGAGACCGACCUGAAUCGGCUGGGGACGUCGAGCAUCGACACCACGUGCACCAUCUGGGACAUCGAGAAAGGCGUGGUGGACACACAGCUCAUAGCGCAUGACAAAGAGGUCUAUGACAUCGCUUGGGGCGGCGUGGGAGUCUUUGCGUCAGUCUCGGCUGACGGCUCUGUGCGCGUAUUUGACCUCCGGGACAAGGAGCACAGCACGAUAAUCUACGACAGCCCGCAGCCGGACACGCCGCUGCUGAGGCUGGGGUGGAACAAGCAGGACCCCCGCUACAUGGCCACAGUCCUCAUGGACUCCACCAAAGUGGUCAUCCUGGACAUCAGGUAUCCGACCCUGCCGGUGGCGGAGUUGCAGAGGCACCAGGCGCCGGUGAACGCGGUGGCGUGGGCCCCCCACUCCUCGUGCCACAUCUGCAGCGCGGGGGACGAUGCUCAGGCGCUGAUCUGGGAUCUCUCUUCCAUGUCUCGCCCCAUGGACCAGACCCUGGAUCCCAUCCUGGCAUACAGCGCUGGGGCGGAGGUGAAUCAGCUGCAAUGGUCCACGACGCAGCCUGACUGGGUGGCCAUCUGCUUUGCAAACAAGACCCAGAUCUUGAGGGUGUGAGGGGAUUGCGAACCUGUGAGGCGUUUGUCUCAGUCCAAUUAAAUCUGUGAAGGGGUGCCAGAAUGGAUGUACAGGAGCGUCGAGUAGAAUUCUAUAUUCUUGGUAUCGGGUUACGUUCGGGUUGUUCCUGUUGGAACGGUUGAGCUGUGUUUUAGUUCUGCCUGUCUGGCACAAAAAAAUGUCUGUUCUGGUCCCCGUGGACUGUGAAUGAGAGAACCGGCUGAGAUCUUUGAGAACCUAUUGACAUGAAGGUUGCAGCACAUUAAGAAAAGGAGGAGCGCUCUUGGUAACCUUGCUGUAACGUUGCUAGAUGC